GUUUUGCUUUUGUGUUUGAAAUUUGACGUCAAUUCAAUUUACAUACUUAAUAAUCGAGACAGGGUUCAGAGAGAGGCUUCUGAGUGACAAUAUCAAAAAGCCUGCUCAGCAUUUUUACCUCAGAUCGCAUCGGAACUUUUAAGUAAAGAGUAAGUUAAGGCAUAACUGGAAAAUUAAACCCUGACUAUGGCAUCUAAGGAAGAGGGCGAGGAAGCCUCAGGAGGAUCUGACUCCAGAGAGCCGAGCCGAGAAGGACCAUCAAGCUCACAAGGAUAUGACGAUGAUGAAGGAACUGUGGAACUGGUCCGGCGCUACCUUGCAGAGAAGUUAGGGUUUUAUAAAGAAGACAAGGAGAAAGAAGAUGUACCUAAGGUGCUAGAAGAUGUAUCAGUUGAUGGAAUCGUUAAAUUAAUAAAAGAGGGAAAGUGUAAAAAAAUUGUAACUCUGGCUGGUGCCGGAAUAUCAACAUCUGCUGGUAUUCCAGACUUUCGAUCACCUGGUUCUGGUCUCUACCACAACUUGCAGAAGUAUAAUUUGCCUAACCCUCAGGCAAUAUUUGAGAUAGGGUUUUUUCGGGAAAAUCCUCAACCAUUCUUUACACUUGCCAAAGAAUUGUAUCCCGGCAGCUUCAAGCCCACUGUGUGCCACUACUUUAUAAAACUCCUCCAUGAGAAAGGUGUUCUUCUAAGGCACUAUACACAGAACAUCGAUACAUUGGAGAGAGUGGCCGGCAUGCCUGGAGAUAAAAUUAUCGAGGCCCAUGGGACAUUUUACACAUCACAUUGUCUUGAUUGUAAGAAGGAGUACUCUAUGGAAUGGAUGAAAGAGAUAAUCUUCCAAGACAGCGUCCCUACAUGUACCUCGUGUAAUGGUGUUGUCAAACCAGAUAUUGUGUUUUUUGGCGAAAAUCUUCCUGCCUCAUUCUACUCCAACUGCCCCAAAGAUCUCCCUAAUGCAGAUCUCCUUAUCAUUAUGGGUUCAUCGUUGGCUGUGCAGCCGUUUGCCUCAUUGGUUGAUAAAGUUAGGAAGACUUGUCCCAGACUACUGAUCAACAGAGAGAAGGUGGGAGGACCCGACAGACUGAUGCAGAUGCUGGGCAUGGGUGGUGGGUUGGACUUUGACUCUCCGUCCAACACACGCGACGUCAUGUUGCUCGGGGACUGUGACCAGGGCUGCCAACUUCUGGCUGACAAACUGGGUUGGGGGGAUGAACUGAGAGAAAUGGUCAAAACUGAGCAUAAGAAAAUUGAUGAAGAAAAGAAUACUCCAACCAAACAGAGUUCAGCUGAAGAAGAGCAAAAGGGUAGCGACUCUGAAAAGUCAUCACUUCCAACCACUUAGCUGUUUUUACCAUGGUUUUGCUUUUUUCUCUCCUUUACGAAUUUCAAUACAACUUUAUACUGCUGUGAUCUCCUUAUACAAUAAACUUAAAUCAAGUCUUA